CAGCCAAACACUGGCCUUCACAGGGGAAUGCAAGAAGCCCAGAAUGGGAAAAAACCGGAGGAAGAGGAAGAGUUGGAAGGACUGGAAGGUGUCAACAAGGCACUAAUAAGGAAACACCAGCUUCCACUCUCGGCACAGUCAGCCUUCAGCUACAUCCCGCCUCGACGCAAGGACCCUCCUGAACUUAGUUAUUUUUACCAGGAGAGAAAGGCAGGAAUUGUUGCCCUUUAUGACUGCGUUUUCAAAAGACCCAUCGGGUAUGAUGCAAAGCUUCAUCGGUGCGACAGAGAACACGCAAAAAGCAGAGGACUUCACAUUAAUGACGAGGAAAAGAAAAGGCCUAUAGCCAUCUUGUCGUCUUCUGAAUAUGGGCGGCAUAUAAACAAACCAGUGGAACGGCUAAUCCGAGACUACGUGCGCAUUAAUCACGUAAAGACAGAGUUCUACAGAAAAAAUGGAAUAGCCUGCUUGAUAGAAAAAUGAAUCCAGCUUAAGAAUCUACUGUUGAUAGAUAACUAACAGCAAGAUGGUAUCAAAUUCCUGUAGUGUCCUGCUUGGAUUUACAGUGCAAACGUAUCAUUGCAAUAUCUUUCUAUAUAUUUAUUGCUGGGGUUUUAGCUAAAACCAGGUUUAGGUCCUUAAAGGCAUACUUGUGUGACAUACUUGUGUGACCUACAGUUUAUACAUGUACUCGCCUCUCCAUUUUUUCUCCUGGAAAAAUUGUGCAAAGAUUUCACCAGAAAAGUGGCUUGACACUCUUAACACACUGAAGUAGCCAUGUAUUAAUCUGAAAACAAUCACUUCUGUCAUUUCUUGUUUGUUUAUGAUUUAUAGUUUCUGUUCUUUUAAUUGUAUCAAAACUAAAGGACUUGGUAGCAUGUAUUGUUGCUUAACAUGCUUUUCCUUCCAAUUUCAUAUCUUCGUUAAUUUAAUGUUUUAUAAGCGUGUUUGGAAUGCUUAACUAAGGAAGUCACCAUUAAAGGAAAAAAUACUGAGAAAAACAUAUAUCAACCUGCUUAUACACCAAGGAUGCACAUGUGAGUAUUUAUAUGAGUUGUGCAUGAGGAAUGAAGAUCAGCUGAUAGAUGGACAGCUUCAUAAUAAUAAAUUUUCAAUGCUGAAUACAAACAUUAAAGCUUGACAUUAAUUUCACCUCGUGAAGUUGAAUAGUUUUGAUUACUGUUUGUAGUGGAAUUUUUGUCAAAGCUACUAGAUACUAAAACUACCCACAGUAUGAGUUUAUGUAAGCCACAUUUAACCUGCAUCUCCUAUCAGCCCAGAAAGGAAGCUUCUUCACAGAACAGCAUAUAGGAGAAGGGGGACGUGCCAAUUUUAAUCAGGAGAAUAGAGAAGGAAAAAUAAAUGUAAAGUCACUGGCCCCUAUGAAAAUCUUUCUCGUGGUAGAAUCUUCUUGUUUUUACUUAGUGGUAAGCUGCCUAGAGACAUCUUUUGGUGAAAUGGGCAUCAUAUAACUUUACUAAAUAACAACACUUAAC